CAACGAGGCGGACGGAAAGGCAAGCUGUAUAGGUGAAAGGGGAGGUCAUGUGCGCUUGACACAGAAACGGAGGAGGAAGUUUAGAAAGAAAGAUGUUUGGGUGAUAGAGUCGGCCGGAUUCUCAGAAAGUUCUCUUCCGUGUCACAUGUGAGUCGGUGGUGCUGUUUUCCAAAGAGAGGGGCUCUAUUUUUAGGGGAAGGAAUGUACACAGGCCUCGUGGAAAGAGACCAUAACAACAAACAGUGUGCAACACUCUGCCUGCAAAGAGCGAGAGAGAGAGAGAAGCAGAUGCCAUCGAACAGCAUCACUAAAACGACGAGGAAAAGAAAGUACAGCAGACUGCCAAGAUGUCUUUAAUUUUUUAAAAUCUGAGCUUGUUUUAAAGAGGACAUCUCUGCAGAAAACCCAAGACAACAAAAACACGAGGAGACAGCAUGGAUCCACCUGCUGCUGAGGUCCUUCACUACAGAGAUGAGGAACAGUCCUCCAACCUGCUUCUGCAGCUGCACAAACUGAGGGCGGAGAAAAUCCUGAUAGAUGUCAUCCUUUGUGCCGGUCACACUGAAAUCCCCUGCCACCGUAACGUCCUGGCGUCCAGCAGCGCCUACUUCCGAGCCAUGUUCUGCAACGACUUCAUGGAGAGGCGACAGACCAAGGUUGAUAUGAAAGGAGUUGGACCUGUCAUUCUGACCAGUAUUGUGGACUACGUUUACACUGGACUCAUUAGCAUCAGCCUGGAUAAUGUGCUUCAUCUGAUGGAGGCGGCGUCCUUGCUGCAAUUCGGCCGCCUUUUUGAGGCCUGCUCCUGCUUCCUUCAGUCACAGAUGAGGCCAGACAACUGCUUGAGCAUGUUCAGACUCUCAGACAUGAUGAACUGCGACAGUCUGAGAAAAAAAGCAAAAGAGAUGGCCAUGGAGAGCUUUACUGACGUGUCCUCGUCUGAGGACCUGUGUGAGCUUUCUUUACAGGAACUACUGGGGUACCUGGAGGAUGACAGCCUUUGCGCUCAGGAGGAGCAGGUUUUUGAGACACUUGUUGAUUGGAUCCGCCAUGAUCCCGUCUCCAGGCGGGGGACCAUAAGCAACCUUUUCAAAAAGGUCCGUCUUCGACAUUUGCACCCUACCUACCUCUUCCAGUUCAUUGCAAACGACCCUCUGAUCCAGUCCUCCACCCUCUGCACCGACAUCAUUGAAUCUGUAAGGCGUCUCAUGUUCUCGAUUGGCACAAGAAGCAUCGGGGACUUUGUGGUCGACUUUAAACCUCUCUGGGCUGCACCAAGGCGCUGCAGCUGUGAUGACACCUUGGUGGUGGUUGGAGGAAGAAGGAACAACGAGCUGACUUCCAGGGAGACGCUGGUUUUCGAUGAGAAGAAGCAGAAGUGGCAGCGGCUCACCAAGCUGCCCAUACGUCUUUACAAAGCCUCCUACGUAGCCCUUCACAGCAUACUGUACGUUCUGGGAGGCUUGACCACAAACACAAGUAGCGGCCAAGUCAGCCGGACGGUGUACACCCUUUCCCUCAAGACCAACCAGUGGAGGACAGCAGAGCCCAUGCUGGAGCCUCGCUUUGCCCACCAGAGCGUUUUCUACCUGCACUUCAUCUUCGUCCUGGGUGGCCUCGGGUCUGAUAGACAACUGACAGCCAGUGUUGAAAGGUUCAACAGUAUGUUCAACCAAUGGGAAGCUGUGGCACCAAUGCCAGAGAUGGUGCUGUAUCCUGCAGUCGCCGCUACCAACCAGAGAAUCUACAUGUUUGGAGGACAGGAUGUCACACACAACCCCGCCAGACUGAUACAGGUGUAUCACAUUGGCAGGAACAUGUGGUGUACGAUGGAGAACAGAUCAGUGAAGAACGUGUCUGCUCCUGCGGUUGUUCUGGACGAAAACAUCUACAUCAUUGGUGGAUACACCAGGCGAGUGAUGGCCUACGACAUCGAGGCCAACAGGUUCGCCAAGUGUGCCAACCUGAAGGAGCGGAGGAUGCACCACGCUGCCACCGGCCUCAACAACAAGCUCUACGUCACAGGCGGACGCUACGUCAGCGGCCACGACGUCGUAGAGGACACGGACACUUUCGAGUGCUUUGACCCAAAGACGGGGUCUUGGACAUGUAAAGGGAGGUUGCCCUUCAAACUGUUUGACCACGGCUGCUUGACUCUGACAUGCGUCACGCGGAAUUGGAAGAAAUCAUAAUGAAUGCAAAAGACUUUUUCCAUUUAUUUGAGUAGUGAGAUGUGUUUAUUUAAUUGAUUUAAAGUUAUUGAUAUAAAUGAUCAGGGCAACACUUUUUUUAUUUUGGAAAAAAGAAAAAAGUCUGGUAUCUCUUUGCGAGAGGUUUCUUUUCAACACCUACACCGUUAAAAGAGAAGCGCUCCGCUGCACAGCCUGUUCUUAACCUGUCUAACUUCACAAAGGAUGAAAGUGCUAUUUUCAGCCGGCUCUGAAUCAUGAGAUUUCACUUGUCGUGUUUGAAUCCCGGAGGCUCUUUGGUUUCAGCUCUCAGGUCUCUCUGACUGCAGCGCAUGUGUCUGGCACAGAUGAUCCCAGCCUUUAAUGAAAGCGCAAAAUCAAAUGGCUGCGAUAAGAUUUCUUGAGGUUUCUUUUGUGAAACGCUACAAAAAACAAACAUUCGAGCCAGUCUUCGUUCAAUAGAGGCUUUCAAUCUGGACCCUUUAAUUUAGCAUCUUCUCUUGCCUAUUUGAAAGUUGUUUUUCACUGUUUUUAUGGAAAU